CGCUGAUGCCCAACCCCGCUCGCACUCUGGAAUGUCUUGCUGCGGGGCAAAUGUCAUCCCUCUCUCUCGUCCGCGCAGAACAUCGCAAGCCUUCUUGGGGUUCUCAUGGACGGCGUUCGCUCUCGAGCCAGGUCUGGCUUCCGCCUGGACACCCAUAAUCGGGACGGCAUCACUCUCGAUAACGUCCAGGUCGCUUUCCAGUAUUACGAGUCGUCCUCUCAAUGGGGCCAACACGGUGCAGACCAAAUCUGCGUCCUUUACUUCGGCUUCGAUAUUCACGAAAGGAGCGGGAAAUGUGAGAUCCAGUCGGCAGACGUCAGGCUUGACUUUUCAGACACCGUAGCCGGCGUUGAACUCACCAACAUCGCGCCGGAGAACGAAAUCCAGCAGACUUCUGAGCGAGAAUAUAUUGAACGAUACAGCCUCAACCCGUCCGCGGACACACCAUUCGGCGGUGCCAGUAUCGGCGGUAUUGAAAGAGAGCGCAUUUUUAAAGGGCUUCCUGAUUGGAGGUUUCGAGGCUCUUUAGAUCUGCCGAGCCCAACCACCUCGGCGACAUGGACAUGGACGCGUGGUGAUCACUACGAGAAAGCACGAGGUGUGCCCAAGAUGGAGGUCGGGGUCGUGGGAAGAGGUUGCGUGAAUCGACCUUUUACUGGUGCGGUGACAAUGAAUCUUGUGCCUCGGGGAUUCUGGAGAAGAGUAGUCCUAAAGGGAAAAGAAAAGGUCUUUCUGAUGCACUUCAACCCGCGAACGGUAGGGGGUAGCAACGACCUCUCUGCUAGCCUGAACGACUUCGAGGCCUCAAUACAACGCAAGGUGAGUGCGCGCUCUUGCAGGAAACUCAGCUCGGUUUCGCAAUUGGGAUACACUGACAUGCGAAAGAUGGAGGCCGCAAUGAGGCGGGCGCAAAUAGGGACCGAGUAUGGAUUUGGUACGGGGAUCCAGUCGACUAACCCGGGCUGGAUCCAGGGGCAGAGUCCCCAACAGAACCAAGCGGAGACUCCCCCAUCAGCUUCUAGAGUAAUGUAUUGACAGAACCCCGAUGAUUCGGAAGGAAUGAACUUGAAGUGGACGGGGGAAUCAGAAUAACGUUGUUCCGGGAUGGGGUGACUACCCGCGGAAGGCCAACAGCUGAGA